GGCAUGCUUUGCCGCCAAAACUAACGCCAGUCGCAUUUUGUUGGGUUUUGUCCGUUCAUUCUCAUCUGCUUUAUCUUAAUUUUGUUCGUUCAUAUAAAAUUAUUUUAUUCUAUUCUAAACUUGGCACAGAAGUGAUAAAUUCUCACAAUGGCUACGAGAGAUUACGACAAAGACAGGGAAACCAUGAAGACUUUCUUCAUGGAAUACUGCCAGCAAGACUCCCAUGGCAACAAGAACUUCAAAUAUUCAUCACAAUUGACCAAGCUGGCUCAUAGAGAACAAGUUUCUCUGCUGAUUGAACUAGAUGAUGUGCAUGACUUCAAUGAAGAGUUAGCCGAAGCUAUCAAAAAUAACACCAGGAGAUACACAAGCAUGGCUGCUGAUAUCAUCCAAGAGGUGCUUCCCACCUUUAAGGAGCAUGAUAUUGUUGUAAAGGAUGCCUUAGAUGUGUACAUUGAGCACCGUCUAAUGAUGGAGGCAAAAAAUCGUCAGCCAAAUGAGACCAAGGAUGCUCAGAAUAAGUUUCCGCCAGAGCUAAUGCGUCGUUUUGAAGUUUACUUCAAAGACAGUUCCCUGGCAAAGUCUCAACCAAUUCGCGACGUGAAAGCUGAAACCAUUGGAAAACUGGUAACUGUCCGCGGUAUUGUGACAAGGUGCACAGAAGUAAAGCCUAUGAUGUGUGUUGCUACAUACACAUGCGAUCAAUGUGGCGCUGAGACUUACCAACCCAUCAAUUCAUUGAGUUUUAUGCCUCUGACGAUGUGUCCUAGUGAUGCAUGCCGCAUUAACAAGUCUGGGGGUAGAUUGUAUUUGCAGACUCGAGGAUCCAAGUUCAUAAAGUUCCAAGAAGUUAGAAUUCAAGAACAUAGUGAUCAAGUUCCCGUUGGUCACAUUCCACGCUCAUUGACCAUCUUCUGCCGUGGAGAAGUGACUCGCCAGGCUCUUCCCGGUGAUCAUAUUGCCGCCACUGGUAUUUUCUUACCUUUGAUUCGAUCUGGUUUUAGACAAAUAUCUGGCGGUUUAUUGUCGGAAACUUACUUGGAGGCUCAUCGUUUGAUUUCCUUGAAUAAAGCAGCAGAAGACGAAAACGCAUCAGCAUCUCUUACACCUGAGGAAUUGAAGGCUCUCACUGAAGAUGAUUUCUACUCCACUGCUGCUAGUAGUUUGGCACCUGAAAUCUACGGUCAUUUAGAUGUGAAGAAAGCUUUAUUGCUUCUGUUGGUUGGUGGUGUUGACCGUCGCCCAGAUGGAAUGAAAAUUCGUGGUAACAUUAACAUUUGCUUGAUGGGAGAUCCCGGUGUAGCCAAAUCUCAGUUGUUGGUUUACAUUGACCGAUUGGCGCCAAGGAGUCAAUAUACGACUGGACGUGGUUCUUCUGGGGUUGGUUUGACUGCUGCUGUUAUGAAGGAUCCAUUGACUGGUGAAAUGAUGCUCGAAGGCGGUGCAUUAGUUCUUGCUGAUCAAGGCGUGUGCUGCAUUGAUGAGUUCGAUAAAAUGGCGGACAGUGAUCGCACAGCUAUCCAUGAAGUUAUGGAACAACAAACAAUCAGUAUUGCCAAGGCUGGUAUUAUGACUUGUUUAAAUGCAAGAGUUUCAAUCCUGGCCGCUGCUAAUCCUGCCUACGGCCGCUAUAAUCCUAAACGUACCAUUGAACAAAAUAUCCACCUUCCCGCUGCACUUUUGUCCCGUUUUGAUAUCCUCUGGCUAAUUCAAGACAGGGCCGAUCGUGAUAACGAUCUUCGCCUCGCUAAGCACAUUACCUACGUGCAUCAGCACUGCAAGCAGCCACCUACGAAAGUUGCAGCCUUAGAUAUGUCCGUCAUGCGCAAAUACAUCGCACUUUGCAAACUUAAAGAACCAAUAAUUCCUGAGGAGCUCACUGACUACCUCGUUAACGCAUACGUUGAGCUUCGUAAAGAUGCUCGUAACUCCAGCGAUAUGACAUUUACAUCAGCUCGUAAUCUUCUUGGUAUUUUGCGUUUAUCUACAGCGUUAGCACGCCUGCGCUUGUCUAACAUUGUUGAGAAAGGAGACGUAAACGAAGCGAUCCGCUUGUUGGAGAUGAGCAAGGAUUCAUUGAAUCACAAUGUUAACGAGAAUACGCACUACAGGGCACCGAACACCAAUGAUAAAAUUUUCGCACUCAUUAGGGAGAUGGCCGGCGAAGGCAAGACUGUCAACGUAAAUGAUGUGAAAGAUAAGUGCUCUGGGAAAGGAUUCAAACCGUUCCAAGUGGACGCUUGUAUUGAAGAGUACGAAGAGCUCAAUGUCUGGCAAAUCAAUCAGACGCGGACGAAGAUUACUUUCAUCUAAGCGCCAAAUGUUUUCCAUAAGUUAUUUUAAUAAUACAUUUUUAAACCAUCACUUCAUUAGGUUACAUUUUAUACUGCAUUUUUAUUCAUUCUUUCUUGUACGUGAAAUAAAAAGUUUUUAAAGUACA